UAUCAACCUUCACUUUCACUCUUUUUUGUUUCUGUUUCUUUAACUCCAACUAUUACCCUGGGCCAUGCUUAUGCGCCUCAAUUAAAAUUCAACAAUGCGCAUCUCGCUUGAAACCGUCACGGCCGUCCUGGCUUGUCUCUCCACCAGCUAUGCGCUCCAGAUUCCCCCCGAUACGCCGCUCUCUGAGUUGAUCUCCUCCGCCAAAGCGCAUCUGGCAAAGGGCUCCCCACGAGAUGCUCUCGUAUACUUCGAUGCUGCCGUCUCACGCGAUCCUAACAAUUAUAUCACCAUCUACCAGCGCGGCGCUGCUUACCUGUCCAUUGGCAAGAACACCCAGGCGACGGAGGACUUCAAUCGAGUACUGGAACUAAAGCCCGAUUUCGAGGGCGCGCUACUCCAGCGAUCUCGUCUCCGGGCUCGGUCUGCCCACUGGAAGGAAGCUUUGCAGGAUUUGGAGCGUGCAGGAAAGAAGAACUCGGAGGAAUACCAGGAGCUCCAGGCUGCGCGGGAUGCAGCAGCCCUAGCUUUGGCUGCGGAGAAGAAGGGAGACUGGGAGGCCUGUAUCGCGCAGGCGGGAGUGGCUAUUAUGAAGGCGAAUACGGAUCUAUCGUUGCGACAGGCUCGCGCACACUGUCGAUUUGAGAGAGGUGAAGUGGAAGAAGGUGUGAGCGACCUGGCGCAUGUUCUACAGAUCUCCCCGAACUUGGUGGAGCCUCAUCUACAGAUGUCCUCCAUGCUGUUCUAUGCUCUGGGUGAUAGUGAUCGUGGUCUCGCGCAAAUCCGCAAAUGUCUGCAUACUGAUCCCGACUCGAAGGCCUGCAAUCGUCUCUAUAAACGAGAACGACAGCUGGCUAAGUCAUUGGGGAAAUUGCACAGUGCCCUGGAGGCGCGCAAGUUCAGCAAUGCGGUGAAGUUGAUGGUGGAUGAUGGGGAAGAUACUGGGUUGAUUACGGAUGUGAAGAAUGACGUCGCCGAGGCGAGAGCAGCGGGUCAUAUUCACCCAGCGGCGUCUAAUAAUCUCUAUGUCUUCCUGGUUGAGAAGACUUGCGAGUCCUACCGAGAGAUGCGUAUGGCCAAGAAGGCUGGUCCUUAUUGCGCCGAGUCCCUCCAACUGGUUCCAUAUUCUCUUCAUGGUCUACUAUACCAGGCCCAGACUGAGCUGGAUGAAGAUCAGUUUGAACAAGCAGUGCGCACAUUGAACACUGCUCGGGAGCAUCACCCGCACUCGCAGGAGAUCCAGUCCCUUCUUCAAAAAGCACAGGCCCUAUUGAAGCGAUCGAAGCAAAAGGAUUAUUACAAGGUGCUUGGGGUCAGUCGAGACGCAGACGAACGGACGAUCAAGCGCGCAUACCGUCAAUUGAUGAAACUGCACCACCCUGACAAGGCUCACGCCCAGGGCGUGUCCAAGGAAGAGGCGGAGAAGAAGAUGGCCUCUAUUAACGAGGCAUACGAGGUCCUGUCCGACUCUGAGCUGCGUACCCGUUACGACAAUGGUGAUGAUCCCAACGACCCCGAGUCGCAGCAGCGAGGCAAUCCCUUCCAACAGGGCAGUCCCUUCGGUCAUGGCGGCGGCCAGCAGCAAUUUUUCUUCCAGCAGGGUGGCCAGCAGUUCAAGUUCGGUGGUCAGGGCUUCGGAGGCUUCCCCUUCCGUUGAUAUCUUUUCUUUCUUUUCAUUGGCGUCCCUUUGCCAUUGUAAAACAUACCGCGGUGUUUCUAGGAGUAUCUACGCCAUGUUUUUUGCUGCCCGUUGGAGGGUAUUGCGGGCUCGGCAUCAUUGUUGUCCUUUUCGAGCUGUUUCUGCUUCUUUUCGUAGUUACCAUGAGCGGUG